AUGCUUCUCUUGCCAUCGCUCGCCGUGAUCGCCUCGUUGGCGAGGGCUAUCAACGCCCAAGAGGUUGUCACCAUUGACCCCAGCAGCGUCGAUUCAGCCACGAGGGAGCAUUGGUGCCUGUCGCAGACUUCGUCCUGCCCGCUCCUGUGUCUUCAAUUCCCCAAGUCAACCAGCGAGCCGACCUCAAACGACUGCGAUUCCGACACCCUCUCCUACAGCUGCGUCUGCGACAACGGCAAGUCGCCCAACGCUUCGGAAUACUCCCAGACAAUCCCCUACUUCAUCUGCACCGAAGAGAACAACCAGUGCGUCAAUAAAUGCGAAGGCGAAUCAAGCUGCCAGUCCCGGUGUCGCGACGACCAUCCCUGCGGAGCCCAGGACCCCAAGCGCGCCAACAAGACCACCUCCACGACCUCGACGCCCCAAGCGACCACUUCUGUACCGGCCUUCACGGGCGUCGCUGGUGAAAACAUCGGUGCCAGACCGUCGAUCGAAAUGGGUCACAUCUACGCUGCGGCCCUUGCUAUGGGCGCGUUCCUCGCCGGGUUCGCGUCCUUGCUUUGA